GUAGGUGCAGACAAGAGUCCGUGAUCCUUUCUGCUGUUCUGAAGCUAUGGACAUGGCUGAUGUCUCUGUCCCAGUUCAGAGUUGGUUUUGCUCCCUAAUGAAUCCUAUGGGAAGACAGAGAAGCCUCAAGCUGUUUUGAAGAUUGUGCAACAAUGCUUGGGAGCCUACCUGCUUUUGCUUGAGAGCUUUCCUCGCUCGCAUUUCACGGGGUGCAACAGGAAGGGAAAUACAACCGAAUCAGAAUCGGAGGGCCCUGGUAAUUGGACUCGAAUCCUUCAUAUGCCCUGGGGCUGAGUUAAUUCGUUCAGCUGAGGCGAUUUCAUGCCAGAAUGCAGUCUCCAAACAAGAAGGACGAUUGUGCUGCCUGCGCCGCGCAUAUGCAUGGUGCCUGCCCUGCAGAUCUGCUGCUGCGACAAAGAGCCAUGAGCCACUCCAGACACAUGGGCAAAAUAAGGAAAAGGCUGGAGGAUAUCAAGAACCAGUCCCCGAAGUUGACAAAAGCGGAUUUCAGCCACAAUGAAAGCAUAAGGUUGGCCACCGAUGCCUUCCUGGAUGGUGGGACAGAUUCUUACCUUGAAACUUUAAGCAAAGAGGGUGAGGUGGAUUUCCUCUCCUCCGUGGAAACUCAGUACAUCAAGGAUAACGCCAGGGAGUCCUAUUAUGCGCAGGAGUCCCCAGCUGCCGAUGGGGCGGCUGCGCCAAAGCAGAAUGAUGUCGGGUCGCUCCCUUCAGGGACCUACUUCCCCACCAUUUCUGACAGCAGUGAGCCAGCUCUGCUGCAUACAUGGAUUACAGCGGAGAAGCCCUAUUUAAAGGAAAAAUCCACCGCCACUGUGUAUUUCCAAACAGAGAAGAACAGCAACAUUAGAGACAUCAUACGCCGGUACAUCAACAAGACCACUCAGGUGCUCGCUAUCGUGAUGGAUGUGUUCACAGACACUGAGAUUCUUUGUGACCUCCUGGAGGCAGCUAACAAGCGCAUGGUGUUUGUCUACCUGUUGCUUGAUCAUGGCAAUAUAAAUCUCUUCUCAGAGAUGUGUGACAAGUUGCAAAUUGCUGAGGAGCUCUUCAAGAAUAUUUCAGUCCGCAGUGUUACUGGAGAGGUUUACUGUGCCAAAUCAGGCAGGAAAUUUUCAGGACAAAUACAAGAAAAAUUUCUUAUAUCUGACUGGAGAUACGUGCUUUCUGGAUCUUACAGCUUCACAUGGUUAUGUGGCCAGGUUCACCGCAACCUCCUCUCCAAGUUCACAGGUCAAGUUGUGGAGCUGUUUGAUGAAGAGUUCCGACACCUUUAUGCGCUGUCCAAGCCAGUGAGGGGACCCAAGUCUCCGCCGCGCACCAUGCCCUUCCUGUUCAGCAAGAGCUGGUCCCCCCAGCGCAGCCUCCCCGACAGCAAUGAGGGAAGUGCUAACACUCUUUCCGACCCCUUCAGCAGCCUCUCAGCUGGCAGCACCCACCAGACCAAGCAACCCCCAAGAACUCUCAUAUUCAGCAGCAACUUCACUCCCCAGUCACCUCUCCAUAGAGUUAAUUCCUUCCACAGCUACGUCUCAUUCACACCCCCGCCACCGCAGAAGGCCAUCCAGGCUAACUACUAUCAGCCGCACUAUGUGGCCGAUAACUCCGCGGUUCUGUACAACAACAUGAACAUUUACAGACCUAUAAGACUUAGACAAGAGGAACCAAACAGGACAGGGUUAAGUUCACCCUGGAGAUGCCUCCACAAAGCUAACCUGUUUGCAUAAUAACCACCUUGGUUUGAAUUGCAAGUAAAUGGAGCGAGGACCUGUUUAGCAAUUGCUUGUGUACUGAUGAAUAUAGAAAUUCUGUAUAAUACAAAAUGAGGAUGAUUUCAAGCCUCUUGUUUUGCUUUGCUGCUUAUGGAUGCUUCGUUUCCCUAAUUAAAAAGCCAAGCCUGCUAACACGUAAACCUUGGGUGCAUCACAAUCCCAGGAAGAACACAUCUAAACAAUGCUGCUCAUGGUGCAACACUGCUGCUGCCUAUCGCCUGCCCUUGGUAGCAUAUUUGCGUAGCAGGAGGUUUAGGAGGUUAACUGUUUUUCAUAUGGCCAGGCACCUGAAAGUUUAUUACUAUGCAUUUUAUGUAAUGCAUAAGGAGACCGAAGGCUGCUAUUUACGUGCCAAUUUGAGGCGAUGCUGGCAGCAGCAGUCUACCUUCCUGCUGUCAUCGCACCUCCGUCUUGAUUUAGGAGGACUCCUUCAGGGCUGAAAGCGCAGUUUCUAUCACCGCACUGUCUGCGAGCUGUCCGCUGGAAACGCACAGCAAGGACAUCUCUUCGCAGGGUUUGUAGGAGGGGGCCUGCUAACCAGGACAUGGACCCAGACCAACAAUUCAGGGUAUGGAGGACAUCUCGCAGCCACCGUGCACUCACACUCAUUAGCAACACGGUGCAUUCCAGCACACUUUGUUACAAACUUCCAAUCCCACCAGCUCAGAGCAAUUUUCCUUAUUGCAGAUAAUCUGUGUAGAUUCAGACUAGAAAAUUAAGCUGAGUGAAGCAGCUAGUCCUACUAGUAAUGCACCAGGACUGAGUUCCAAUUCAUUUAAUAGCACAUGGGUCUUAGAAAUCCUCUCAGUGGUCAUUUGGUUGAACAUUAAGUUAGAGAUAACAACGGUUUAUUUCAGAGUUCUUCAAGGCUUCUAAUUUUUAAAGAGAAACUCGUGUCUGUAGUGCCCAUUGAGUACAGAGGGAGUUAAAAGUUCAGCAGCAGAAAAACAGAAAAACUUUCUGCCAAAUAAUCCAUGAAAACAAAGGAAGAUUCUAUAAGUGAAGGGCAAAAAAUAGUAAGAAAAUUAAUGAAACAAAGGAUUUCUAUCCAAAUCCCAUAGUUUCUAGAUACCUAACAUCUAGAUUGAUUUAUCAGUGGAUUCUUUUUAACACCUGCUUUAUAUCAUCUUUCAUCUGACUCCAACAGAAAACAGAAACCUAAAUGUAUUUGCACAUCUGGCCCUGACUUCUCACCUGCUCAAAAAGAAAAGGAAUACAAUUCAAUUAUUUAGGCUCUGAAUGAUGAAAAUUGUAUGCGGCAGUAAGCUCUCAGGUGAGGAAAGUUUCUCAUCCUUGGAUGCAAUCAUUUUGAAACUAUACCGGUAACAUUUACAGAACAUUAUGAAAGGUACAGGAUGGGCAUAUCCUGUACUAGCUUUGGUGUGGACAUUUUUACCUGCAAAAUCAAAUUUUGGACUCCAGAAUAACAAUAAACUAUUGCAUAUAAUUGUAAAUUCUGUACAUAGCAACAUUUUUCAGAUUCCUUGGGAAGAAGGGAAAGUUGAUUUUCAUUCCUAUGACAAUUCUACUUAAUUAUCUAAAUAUGGCAACCAUUGAAAUAAAAGAGAUGACUUUCAUUAAAA